UUAUGAUAAUGACAUCAUGCCCCAUAAUUUUGUAGAAUAUUCAUAUAAACUGGUGUCAAUUUGGUUUGCAGAGUAUAUUCGUUUGACGGCAGUGAAAUGUUUCGGUGCAAUAUGGUUAAAGUUACUUACAUAGCCUUGUUUGUAGUAGCUGUGAGCCUUAGUAGUGUUCAAGCAGAUGAUAAGAAUUCCAAGCCUGAGUUUAACCUGGAUACGAUCACAUUUGAAUGCGCCCAGAAGUUCGACAUCUCUGAAGAACAAUUUUCUAAAACUAUAAUGGCACUCGAUGCGAGUUUACUUGCCCCAUGUUUUUGGAGUUGCUGCUUCACGAAAGUUGGAGUUCUUAAUAGUGAGGGUCAAUACGACUCUGAUAGUACACUGAAUUUAGCUAAGAACAUGUUCAAGAAUGAAGAGUACAAAAAAGUUGAAGAGAUUUUAAAAAAAUGUGUAUCAGUAAACGAUGAGUCGGUAAGCGAUGGAAGUGCUGGAUGUGAAAGAAGCUUUUUACUAGCAAGUUGUAUGUUCGAAAAUGCCAAGAAAACAUUCACAAUUCCGUCCCGUCCGACCGUCAUUUGAAUUACACUUUUUUUUUAAUCUUUUCACAAAACGAUAAAAUACACUGAGUGUCGUCCGAUAAUAAAUACAAAAUAAAUAAAUAAAA